UAUCUCAAAAUAAUGAUACAAAAAUACAAUUUGCCAAUAAUACUACCUUACCAAUAUUACAAAAUAACGUAUACAGUACUAAAAAUAAUUUUUUAAUAUCAAAUUUAAAUCGACCACAAUCAAACUCGAUGUUAAAUUAUUCAAAUAUCACCUCUCAGACGAUAAAUUUACUUUCAAUGCCUAUGGUAUUAUCAAACAACGUGAAUAAUCUUCAAAGUCAAAAUUUAAAUGCCACAUUUAAAAGUAUUACCAAUCCAACACUAAAUAUUUUGAAUCCUAUCAAGAUAGAAAAUAAUAUAAACGUUAACCUAUCUUCUAACUCAACUUUAAAUGCUAAUUCUGUAGCUGCAACUUACUCCACCAAUAUAACUCCUGAUAUGGCAAAAAAGAAAUGCAAAAAUUUUUUAUCAACCCUCCUUAAGUUGGCUUUUCACCAACCCUUGGAAGUAGCUCUAAGUGUUAAAAGCUUGAUUCAAGGAUUAGUGGAUAAUAAUGUAACACCAGAAGAAUUCACUAAACAAUUGCAGAAUGAACUUAAUUCAUCACCACAACCUUGUUUAAUUCCAUUUUUAAAGAAAAGUCUCCCAUAUUUACAAAUAUCACUCUGCCAAGGCGAAAUAACUAUUGAUGGAAUCAAGCCACCAUCACUUCAAGCUAUAUUGAUGAAACAAAACAAUAUGGAACAGAUUCAAUCCCUGAUAACCGCUAUUAACACUUCCUUCAACAAGCCAAUUACUUCAUCGGGGCCAGCCCCCCAAACCACACUGCAUCCAAAUUACCCUCUCUCGUCCAUUCCCAACACUCCUUCACUUGCUUUUCCCGCCAAUUCUUCCAUCACCGAUUUCAACGGGCAAUUACAACAACUGCAACUCCUGCAACGCAAUUUAUCCCUCAUGGGAAAAUUAAACACGAAUAUAAAUGCCAAUACCGUUGUCAAUCAAAAUCAAAUUUUAUCGAGCCCUGCUGUAUUAAAGCCUAUACAAUUGCCGGCCAUUACCAACGUCACCCAAAACCUGGGAAUGAAUAGCAUCUUAAGAAACCAAAGCUCAUUCAGUUUGCCUUACAUUUCGAAUGCCAAUCAUACCACCACUAAUACUUUAAACAUUUUGAGCCAUCCAAAUAUUAUGGCUGGCCGGGUCAAGAGCGAAAUAGCAGAACCCUCUUCUCCCACUAGAGAUGAGGACGAUAUUAACGAUGUGACAGCAAUGGGGGGUAUAAACAUCAGUGAGGAAAAACAGAGAAUUUUGGCGGGUUCUUCCGAUUUCAUUGGGUUUCAGAUCAGAUCUUGUGCCGAUCAAACUUUUCUCAAUUUACCUCUCCUGUCAAAUAGGAUAGAUUCUUUGGUUCGCUCAAAAGGUUUGGCCUCCUUCGAGCCGGACGUGGCUAGGAUUGUAUCCCACGCGAUAGAGAAUAGAUUUAAGAUGAUAUUGUCCAAGCUUUCUAUCAUAGCUGAUCACAGGAAGGAUAUUUAUAAAAUGGAUAAUAGAUACGAGACAGUGUCAGACGUUAAAGCUCAAUUCAAAUUUCUGGAGGAAAUAGAUCACUUAGAAAAAAAACGCAAGGACGAACAAGAGAAAGAAAUUUUGUUCCGUUUAGCUAAACGUGCCAAGCAUGAAGACCCCGAACAAUUGAAAUUGAAACAAAAGGUCAAGGAGAUGCAAAUCGCUCAAAUGGAAGAAACUAGGCAGAUGGAGGCAAAUUUAACUGCUUUAGCUGCCAUAGGCCCACGGAAGAAGAAAAUUCUAACCAACUCUGUUCUCAACAAUUCAGAUGACGGUACAUCUAAUUUCAACGAUAUCAAAGGGUUAAGCCAUGGAACCGGAACUUUAAAUACAUCAAGCAAUUUAAAAAAUAGAAAUAAGCGAGUAACUUUGAAAGAUUUUAUCUUAUACCUCGAACAAGAAAAGGAUACAUGCAGAUCUACCCUCCUUUACAAAUGUUAUUUGCGUUAAUUUAUUUUGAAUUUUGACCAAUAUUAUAUAAGAUGUAUUAUUUUUUUAUCUUUAGUAAUUAAUAUAUGGAUUUAACACUGUUAUAUA